CCCCGGGCAUGCGCGUUUCCCCAGCCCGACGGGAAGACGCUCUCGCGACCCGGAAGGCCUUCCCGCGGCUUUCCAAAGCCGGCGUGAGGGGGGCUGAUGGCGGAGGGAGCGGCGGAGACCCCAGCAGACAGUGGUGGCGGCGGCAGCGGUUCGGGAGCCGGCACACCGGAACCGGGGGUGGCACCCAUUAAAUCUCAGUAUCUCACCACCAAGGAGCAGUUCCACGAAUUCCUGGAAGCCAACGGGCAGGAGAAGCCCAGCCGGGGAGUCGAGGCAGGAGACCCCGGUGGCAACGACCCGGCCGAACCUGAGGCCAAGCGCAUCCGACUGGAGGAUGGGGAGGCGGGGGAGGCGGCCGAACGCGGGGACAAGCCGAAGGUUCAGAAGAGAGUCCGGGGCCAGAACAAGGGCCGGCCCCACAUGAAGCCCACCCACUACGACAAGAAUAGGCUCUGCCCCUCCCUGGUCCAGGAAUCAGCAGCAAAGUGUUUCUUUGGCGACCGCUGCCGCUUCCUGCAUGACGUGGGCCGCUACCUGGAGACCAAGCCUUCAGACCUGGGCCCCCGCUGUGUGCUUUUUGAGACCUUCGGCAGGUGUCCCUAUGGCGUGACCUGCCGCUUUGCCGGGGCCCAUCUGGGACCCGAAGGCCAGAACCUCGUGCGGGAAGAGCGGGUCCAGGCCCCGCCGGUCCGCAAUGGCCUGGACAAGGCCCUGCAGCAGCAGCUGCGGAAGCGCAAGGUCCGCUUUGAGCGCGCGGAGCAGGCCCUCCGCCAGCUGAGCAAGGGCCACCUGCCAGGCCCCUCCCCAGAGGCCGCGGUCCCCAACGUCUCGGGGGCCGAAGGUGCCCCUGGACAGGACAGCGGUGACACCCAGAAGGCCCUCCUGGAGCCAGCUGCUGAUGCCCCAGUCAGUGGCUCGGGGCGGACCUGUGGACCCCUGACAGAUGAGGAUAUAGUCCGGCUGCGGCCUUGUGAGAAGAGGAAGGGAUCCGUUGGCUCGUGCGGAGGCCCAGAGGACGACUGCGGGCGGGGUGGGGAGCAGGGAGCUCCAGAGGCCUGGCGAGCCCCCCUGGGUUUUGUUUUGCUGCAGCUGGACCUCAGCGGCAAGCUGUACCUGGCCCCCCUCACCACGUGCGGGAACCUGCCCUUCCGGCGGAUCUGCAAACGCUUCGGGGCUGACGUGACGUGCGGGGAGAUGGCCGUGUGCACCAACCUGCUGCAGGGCCAGACGUCUGAGUGGGCCCUGCUCAGACGCCACCCCUGUGAGGAUGUCUUCGGCGUGCAGCUUGAGGGCGCCUUCCCUGACACCAUGACCAAGUGCGCCGAGCUGCUCAACCGCACCGUGGACGUGGACUUCGUGGACAUCAACGUUGGGUGCCCCAUCGACCUCGUGUACAAGAAGGGCGGGGGCUGUGCCCUCAUGAACCGCACGGCCAAGUUCCAGCAGAUCGUCCGCGGCAUGAACCAGGUGCUGGACGUGCCGCUGACCGUGAAGAUCCGCACCGGCGUCCAGGAGCGCGUGAACCUGGCCCACCGCUUGCUCCCUGAGCUGCGGGACUGGGGCGCGGCCCUGGUCACGCUCCACGGCCGCUCCCGGGAGCAGCGCUACACCAAGCUGGCCGACUGGGGGUACAUCGCGCAGUGUGUGACGGCAGCCAGCCCCAUGCCGCUGUUCGGAAACGGGGACAUUUUGUCGUACGAGGAUGCCAACCGCGCCAUGCAGACUGGCGUCGCAGGGGUGAUGAUCGCUCGGGGUGCCCUGCUGAAGCCGUGGCUGUUCACGGAGAUCAAGGAACAGCGGCACUGGGAUAUCUCGUCGUCCGAGCGCCUGACCAUCCUGCAGGACUUCACGCGAUACGGCCUGGAGCACUGGGGCUCGGACACGCAGGGCGUGGAGAAGACGCGCCGUUUCCUCCUCGAGUGGCUGUCCUUCCUGUGCCGGUACGUGCCCGUGGGCCUCCUGGAGCGGCUCCCACAGAGGAUCAACGAGCGGCCACCCUACUACCUGGGCCGCGACUACCUGGAGACGCUCAUGGCCAGCCAGAAGGCGGCCGACUGGAUCCGGAUCAGUGAGAUGCUGCUGGGACCCGUGCCGCCCAACUUCGUCUUUCUGCCAAAGCAUAAGGCCAACGCGUACAAGUAGCCGCGGGCUGGGGAGGGGGCGUCUGAGGGGGGCCCCAGCGGGGCCUCCUGCUGCAUGAAAACACAAUAAAUCUUAUUCUUUUAAAACCCA